UCGGAAGUCGGAACUAAUCCAAUGGUCAAAAAGACAGACAAUUCCAGCUUUGAUGUCUCCUUGUCUAAUUUUGAUUUCUCUAUUCGGUACUUGAGACUCUGGAUCUCGAAUCUCUUAGGAAGUGGAUCAGAUAUGAACUGGGUUCAACGAAAAAUCUACCUUUACAAUGUCACGUUCGGGCUCUACAUGCUUGAUUGGUGGGAACGAUACCUCUUCAAUGGUUUGGUGGUAGUCUUGAUGUGGUUCGUAGCAUACAAUGGUACACGCUACUUUUCUGAACUCUUCAAGAGGCAUUUGACAUGAAAGCAAUGUCUUGUUUCUCGUGCGCGGUAGAGCAUGAAAAGUCUGGAACCACCUAAGGCUUACCACGUUUGGUUUCAAUUUCUCAGACGUAUACCAACAAAACCUCCAUGCUGCUUCACCUCCCUUUUCGGCUUUCUGUUAGCUUUCCUCCAAAGUUCGACAUCACCUAGGACUGUUCAAAUUGUCUAUGUGUCAUUUGUUACCAUGCUUUUGGAGUUCAUAGAACUUAUUUACAGACACAUUAGAUUCCAAGUCUUUUUGUUGUAUUCCCAAUCUCUUUUGAGACAUAGCCAAACCAAUACUACAAUGAUUGUGGUGUUUUUUUUUUACUCUCCGACUAGUAAAUACUACUUAUCAUUCUUCAUCA